AGACGAGUCUCUCUCUCUCCCCCUCCCCAACUUCGGAAAGAUCUAUCAGCUUCUCUCAAGAAAUACAUUUCUGGUGGUAGGCAAUGGCACGGGGAAAAAAGAAGAAAUCUGAGAAUGCUGCUGAAGCCGUAUCCGAACCAGUAUCGUCUGAGCAUAAAAGUCGAACAGCUUUGACUCCCAAUCGAAAGAUUGAGAAGAAAUCAACUAACAAUCUUAUCAUAAUCAAUAAAUUGGAAGGUACUCCACAGAUUCAGGGUACAAAAAGCAAGAAGAAAAAGAGCAUGUCAGAAGGCAUCAAAGAAUGCACCAAUAGUGAGAAAGAGGUUAAGAAGAAAUUAAAUACUAUGGAAAUGAAAGAGAAGAAUAUUACUGACGGAGAGCACAAUGAAAAGAGUCAACAGAAUCAUAAGACCAAAGAAAUGCCUGGUAGAUUGCGAAAGCCGCAGCUCUAUGGAACGAACAAAGAAAAGCAUGGUGUGUUGGACAAGAACCAAGAGAGCCAAAUGAACAUAAAAAAGAGUGCUGGUUUGGUGAAGAACCAACAGAAAGAGAAGAAUAUUGCUAAUGAAGAGCACAAUGAAAAGAGUCAACAAAAUCAUAAGACCAAAGAAAAGCCUGGUAGAUUGCGAGUGCAACAAUUAAAUGAAAAGAAGAAAGAAAAGCGUGGUNGUACAGUUACAUGAUGUCUGCUUGCUUCUUGAAAUUUUGAGAAACUUUAUAGAACUUCCCAUAACUUUUGAAGAUACCAUGAGAUAUCCUCACG